GGGGAUUAAGCCUGCAUCACGUGGUUCCUUUAGCUUCUUUUGCACACACAUGCACACCCACACAUGAACACACACAUACCCUCAUUUGCAGAGGGCACACACAAACUGAUCGUCUCACAUAUACGCUCACAGCUGUUUCGACUUCUCUCCCUGAUCAACGGCGAGUAGAACUGCAGCAAGCUGAGGGAGAAAGCCGCUCUGCAGCUAGCUCAGCACUGCAACAGCAACUAAAUGGAGGAUUUAGAUUGACAAGUGCACUGAUUUGUUUUUACGACCGCUUCCUCGUUUUUCCCUUGGUUCAUAUCCUGCUCUUUCUCUCACAGUCUCUGUCCUGCUUUUCCUCUGAAUCUGUGGACGUUUAUAGGAAAAAGAGACAUGUGCUUUUCUUUUUGUUUUGGCACCUACUACCACUGCCGGUUUGCUCCCAUUCACUGACCAAGGAGGAAAUCAAAGGUGUGAUUGAGAGCAGCGGCCAUACAGUGCUAAAGUGAGGCGAACCAGGGAUGGACAGCCAUCAGGGGGUAGUGACAGCCCCUCCCCCACCCAGUGGCGGGAACAGAGAGCGCUACUUCGACCGAGUCAAUGUCAACGAUCCGGAGUACCUCAGGGCCAGGAACAUGUCGCCUGACCUCCGGCAGGACUUCAACGUUCUGGAACAGAAGAAACGGGUCACGCAGAUAUUACAAAGCCCCGCUUUUAAGGAGGAAUUGGAGGGUCUGAUCCAAGAGCAGCAGCGCAAAGGGAACAACCCCACCGGUCUUUUGGCACUUAGACAAAUUGCUGACUUCUUCAUGGCGAGUUCAAUGGCGGGUUACAACACUUCCCCACUCAGUUUGGGAAUGGUCACACCUAUUAACGACAUGUACAACGUAGAAGCGAGCACCAUGGUGAAAGGAGAGAAGCUGACACGCUGUAAACUGGCCAGCCUCUACAGACUCGUGGACCUGUUUAACUGGGCCCACUUUGCCAGCUCCUAUAUCACAGGCCGUGUCAGCAAAGAGCAAGAUCACAUCCUCAUCAUCCCCAGAGGACUCUCAUUUGCUGAGGCGUCUGCAUCAAACCUGAUGAAGGUUAACAUCAUCGGCGAAGUGAUCGAACAGGGCUCCACUAACCUCAGCAUCGACUCAGCCGGUUUCAGCCCCCACGCCGCCAUCUACUCCAUGCGUCCAGACACCCGCUGUGUCAUACACGUGCAUACUCCUGCCACGGCUGCCGUAUCAUCCAUGAAAUGCGGCAUCCUGCCCAUUUCUCAGGAGGCCCUCAUCCUGGGUGACAUAGCAUACUUCAACUAUCAAGGCAGCCUGGACGAGCCAGCGGAGCGCAAAGAGCUGCAAAAAGCCCUGGGGCCCACAGCAAAGGUUUUGGUGCUGCGGAACCAUGGUCUGGUUGCUCUGGGCGAAACUAUGGAAGAGGCCUUUCAUUAUAUCCAUAAUGCACAAUAUGCCUGUGAAAUCCAGGUGAACGCCAUAUCCGGUGCGGGCAGCAUAGACAACCUGAUAGUGCUCGACCAGGAGAAAUACAAAUCAGAGGUGUACGGUGUGGCCUCAACAGUUGGAGCAAACAUGAGCAGUUCAUACAAGUGGAAGGUCGGCGAGCUGGAGUUUGAGUCUCUGAUGAGGAUGCUGGACAACCUGGGCUACAGGACAGGUUACGCCUAUCGUCAUCCUAUUAUACGCGAGAAGCCGAAGCACAAAAGCGACGUGGAGAUCCCCGCUACUGUCACAGCGUUCAUGUUUGAAGAGGAUAUGGAUGCCACGCGUUUUCCGUUCAAGUUUUUGCAGCAGCGGCAGCAGCGGGAGAAGACGCGAUGGCUCAACUCGCCCAACAGCUACACUAAGGUCAAUGUGGAAGGUGGAGACGAGCGUUACAACCACAGUAGGACAACUACGUGGAUGAAGGCAGAUGACACCGGAACGCCGAUCAGAAUUGAGGACCCCAAUCAGUUUGUCCCCCUCAACACGGACCCUAAGGAAGUACUGCAGAAGAGGAACAAAAUUAGAGAGCAGAACCGGAGUGAGGUGACAACGUCAGGGCCACGUUCUCAGCACCUUGCUGGCAUCCCAAUUGAUCAACCACGACGGCCAUACGUGCCAACAGAGGAGGAGCAGAUGGCCCCGCUGCCUCCCAACCCUUUCAAUGAGCUGUCAGAGGAAGACUUGCAGGUGUACCACAAAAACAUGGAAAUGCGACAACCGGGUCUCGGUGGCGAGCACGAGCUAACAUCCGAUGACGGCUCUACGCUCUCUCAGUCUCUGUCUCUCACGCAAUCACCACAAAGCACUCCAGCAAAAGUCAACCACUCUGGCUUGAUGAACGGAAAGGACAACCACUGCGACGUGGACGACGAGCUCUGCAAGAGAGUCAGCCACCUCACCACCAGCGUGGAGAGCGUGGAGAUCAUGGUGCGCCCGGGCGAUAAGAUCGAGGAGGUGUUAUCCCAGGAGAGCUCACCCUCCAAGUCGCCCAACACUAAGAAGAAGAAGAAAUUCCGCACGCCGUCGUUCCUCAAGAAGAACAAAAAGAAAGAGAAGAUGGAGGCCUGAGGAGCAAUGAGGCUGUAAUCACUAAGAGGCUGCCUGACAGAUGACGUCACACUGGACAGCUGCGCUGCCACAGUUGCCACAGGGUUUGUGUCCAUUUGUUUACAGUACCACGCUUCUUAUUCGCGCUCCUGCAAUGUCAACUUACUCAUUAACAUCUCAAAAGAACCACCAGGACACUUUACUGUAUAUUUAUGUAGCAUUUUCCUACUUUUUUUUGUUUGGGACAAACCGGAAUAUUUAGUGUAGUUGAAGUCAUUGCAUGAAAUUUGACUUUUUUUUUUUGUAAUUGAAUAUUUGCUUUUAGUCAACUUCCUUUUUUACUCAUUUCUAAGAUUUUCCAGCCGUCUAUUUGUAUUCUGCCAGAAGGAAAACGUGAUGGUUCACGCUAUAUUUUGAAUUAGUGGCAAGAAAUAUAACACAGAUAUAUGAAGACUGGAUAUGUCGGCUAUAGAUUUGUAACUAUAUAUUUUUUUAUUUUAUUGUGCUGCACUUUCCACUGUAGCGUGUGACGGUUUCGCCAGUGAAGGAGACUGUGAAGUGGCAUGUGGUCAAAAUUGUGCAAGUCGCAAGGAAAAUACUGAAGAGUCAGAAAGAAAUCAGUAUGACGUUGGAGGGAAAAUAAGGCUUUUCAUGCGCAAAGUUAUGUCUGAACUCAGCAAAAAUAGUGGAAGUGUAUUGCUGAUAUAGCUAAAAAAAGUUGUGAGAAUAACUGGAGUAUUAGGGUCACACUUGGAGGGGAAAAAGUCCCAUGACCAUGCAAAUUUUAAGGAUGUGUCAUUUAGACACAGGAAGAAUUUAAUUGUUUAAAUAAAAAACAUUUCAGGUUCGUAGAAGAUUUCAAUUUUUUUCUAUACUGCUACUAAUCGUUUAAAACUACAAUUCCGGUAAAAUGACUGCACUCUUGUAAUAUUUCGGUAAAAACUCUUCUGGUGUCACAGUUUUUUUCCUUCAAAAUUUUACAACUUUAUUCUUGUAAAAAAAAAAUUGAAGAAAAUCUUGUAAUAUUACAACUAUAUUCUUUUAAAAAUAAAGACUAUGAUCAUUUUGCUAUUUUUAUUCUUGCUAGCUUGCGUCUUUGUCAUAAAACUGUUCCCACAACAAUUCUACUUUAUUCACUUUUUUGCCCUUGAAGAAUUCUCAUAUUUUGACAAUUUCAUUGUUUAUGAUUAAAAACUUGUCAAGUUUUCCGUACCAUGUCCUGUCCAUUUAGGGUUGCCAACCGUCCUUGAAAAUUGUAAUCGUCCCGUAUUUAGAAACAAAAGUACGUGUCGCUUAUUAAGCUUCCAAGGGAUAAACUUUGUCCCUUAUUAUCAUGAAAAUCGAAAAUUGUGUCAUAUUUGUUGAACGUACGAAUACUGGUAUGAUGCUUUUCAAGAAUAUGCAGGGGAAUUCCCCGCCUCUCCUGCUCUCUGACCAAUGAGCUGACAGAACAAUGACAAUCCUGCUCAUCUCAUAGGCCGAGGUACUGUCGCUUGUCAUGAUGAUACCGGAACAUAACAUAGAGUAUGGGAGAUAAGAAUAUUAAAAUAGGGUUGUUCCAAUCAUGUUUUUCGGCUCCCGAUCCGAUCCCGAUCGUUUUAGUUUGAGUAUCUGCCGAUCCCGAUAUUUCCCGAUCCGAUUGCUUUUUUUUUUUUUUUUUGCCCCCGAUUCAAUUCCAAUCAUUCCCCAUAAUUUUUCCCGAUCAUAAACAUUUUGGCAAUGCAUUAAGAAAAAAAUGAAUAAAACUCGGAUGAAUAUAUACAUUCAACAUACAGUACAUCAGUACUGUAUUUGUUUAUUAUGACAAUAAAUCCUCAAGAUGGCAUUUACAUUAUUAGCAUUCUUUCUGUGAGAGGGAUCCACGGAUAGAAAGACUUGUAAUUCUUAAAGGAUAAAUGUGACUUUGUAUAUUAUGACUAAAUAUUGCCAUCUAGAGUAUUUGUUGAGCUUUCAGUAAAUGAUACUGUAGCCAUUUAACUAUUCUGCCCAAAUGCAUGAUGGGAAGUGCAACCAUCACUGUGCGUAGUGGCACCAAUUGAUAUAUCUUCUCUGCGUUGGGAAAUAACAUUGGGUGUUAAGAAAAAGAUCAACUACUACCUUUCUUCGCCAUAUAGCUUCCCACGAUGUUUCUAAUUGUUGAGAGAAGGUUUGUAAGGCUUUAGCCAAUUAAAGAAAGGCUCCAAAGGCUGUCAAAAUCCACUCUACUCAGUUUACGCUGCCUUGUAGUUCUAUAUAUAGGUAAAACGCUUGCCAUUGUAGAUUGAACACGACAAUGCGUGAGUGGGUCGUGCAGCGCAUGCGUUAAUUGCGUUAAAUAUUUUAACGUGAUUAAUUUUUUAAAAAUUAAUUACCACCGUUAACGUGAUAAAUUUGAUAGCCCUACUUUAAGCCAAAACUAAAGACUCUGGAUGAGCGUAAGACAUUUUGUCUGUAACGUUAGAUACAAUUAGAAAACGAUUUAAUUAAAAAAAAACAUAUAUAUAUUUAAAAAAGGCAAGUCCAAUAUUUUUUUGCCGAUUCAGAUACUUUGAAAAUGACGUGAUCGGACCGAUCGAUCGGGACAUCUUUAAUAUUAAAUACAGUUGAAUAUUAAUGGAGAGAGAGAGUAAGAGACAGAGCUCGUGUGUAUGACUCGUCUAUCAUUAUUAACACAUUAUACACACACCGUCUCUCAAUACAGAAAGUUGGCAGAGAAAAAAACUUAUUUUGAAAGAUAUUUACAAUGGCGGAAGAUUUUACAAAUGUACGCUUACAGUGAGGUUAAUGAGGAAACAAGUUAGCCCGCUUGGCAUGAUAACUAGCCACAUCAAUAGCCUUGUUAACAAGCUCACGUUAUAGUACUUGUUUUACCAUCGCUAGACACACGAAACGCGCUGGAGUAAACUCUCGUAGCUGGUGGGGAACACUCAUCACAGCGUUUACUUACCUUCAAUUUUGGGUAAAGUGACAGAUGAGGGUCACUUUAAUGUGAAAUUAUGUUUGAGGUGUAGCCUGCAAGUCAGCUGUCCUUCCUCCUCUAAGCCGUGGCCAUGUGUUUCUUUUCGGUAGCCGAAUACUCCCAUACUUGACGAGACUUUUUUGAGGGGUUUUUGAAAAAGCUCAGGUGUAGUUUCAACAGCAACAGCAGGGUCCCUGACAGAGCAACAACCGGAAGGGUGAGCUCUGCCGCUCCAAGCCAUUUCUCACUGCAUUUUGGGGACAUAAAAAAUUGCUUAUGCCGUAUUACGGUAUGACGGAAAAUUUUAUUUGUUUUGAAACGGUGACGUUUUCAUACCAUGGUAAACCUUGAAACCGGUAACCGGCACAUGCCCACAGUCUACACCAGUGCUUCUCAAUUAUAUUCUGUUACGCUCUACCCAGGAAGACGUAAAUGUUCCGCAAACACACCCCCCCCACCCCCCGCCCGACUCUCUGCUGCCACUGUAAAUAUAUUGUAGUAUCAUUUGUCCAUAAAAUUCUUAUUAUUAUAAGUACAGCUCUGCAUAAAAGUAUGUCAUUUUUAAUAUUAAAGAAGGGAUAAAAAGUGUAAAAAAAUAAAUAAAUAAAUAACACAUCCUUGCUGUUAAAAUAGACCCGAUACAUUUUUUGACCGUUCAAUACUGGGGAAAAAAAUAAAUCAAUAAAAUCAAUAAAUAAUCAUAAAUUCAAAUUGAUUAGCAACAUUAAUUUGAGAGGAUAUUAUGCCAAACAAUUAGACUGAAAAAAUAAUAAAACAAAAAUGACAGUGUCAUUGGACAGAGAGACAAAGUUUUUAUUUUUGCUGCAGGCGGUAUCCUCUUCUUUGCUGUGGCGAUGGGUUAUUUUGCAUUGAGCAACUUGGUGUGCCACCUUAUGUGAUGCUGACAGUGCUCUCUGGUUUACUGAUGUAACACGGACAAAGCGGGAUGAUUGUUGGCAAUAUUCUGCGCAUUUUCACAGAAAAAAAAAAUCCUGCUGUUCGCUGCGAACAUUUUUAGACAAAGUAAACAGACUGGUCUUUCCUCGUCUCCCACUGUGCUAGAAGUCUAAGCCAAAAGCCGAAUGCUACAUAUGCUUCGUCAUAUUUCUUCGUCUUUGCUUUUCAUAUCUCCGGUGCUCUUUGCUGUGUGAUCUUGUUUGGUUAAAAAGUACUGCGCGCAUGCUGAAAAUGAGAACGCCACUGCCACCCACUCGGUGGAUGUGCAAGUACUAGUACGGCAAAAAAGUAUGUUCCCCAAGGUCACAUGAACCACCCCCAGCAUCGUUCUGCGCCCCCCUGGAUGGGGCCCGCCCCUCUAUUUGAGAAGUACUGGUCUACACAAUAGAAAAAAACAGGCCGCAGCCUAGUGCCGGCCCCUACCUAGAUAAAACCAAAAAAAAGAAAAAAGUACUGUAGAUAAACACACAGUUACAAGAACAAAGAAUAUACAAAAAUGAUUAUCUGUAACAAUGUGAAAUCAACAGACAUACAGUGGGGCAAAUAAGUAUUUAGUCAACCACUAAUUGUGCAAGUUCUCCCACUUGAAAAUAUUAGAGAGGCCUGUAAUUGUCAACAUGGGUAAACCUCAACCAUGAGAGACAGAAUGUGGAAAAAAACAAUCACAUUGUUUGAUUUUUAAAGAAUUUAUUUGCAAAUCAUAAUGGGUAUUUGGUCAAUACCAAAAGUUCAUCUCAAUACUUUGUUAUGUACCCUUUGUUGGCAAUAACAGGGGCCAAACGUUUUCUGUAACUCUACACAAGCUUUUCACACCCUGUUGCUGGUAUUUUGGCCCAUUCCUCCAUGCAGAUCUCCUCUAGAGCAGUUAUGUUUUGGGGCUGUCGUUGGGCAACACGAACUUUCAACUCCCUCCACAGAUUUUCUAUGGGGUUGAGAUCUGGAGACUGGCUAGGCCACUCCAGGACCUUGAAAUGCUUCUUACGAAGUCACUCCUUUGUUGCCCUGGCUGUGUAUUUGGGAUCAUUGUCAUGCUGAAAGACCCAGCCACGUCUCAUCUCCAAUGCCCUUGCUGAUGGAAAGAGAUUUUCACUCAAAAUCUCUCGAUACAUGGCCCCAUUCAUUCUUUCCUUUACACAGAUCAAUCAUCCUGGUCCCUUUGCAGAAAAACAGCCCCAAAGCAUGAUGUUUCCACCCCCAUGCUUCACAGUGGGUAUGGUGUUCUUCAGAUGCAAUUCAGUAUUGUUUCUCCUCCAAACAAGAGAAACUGUGUUUCUACCAAAAAGUUAGAACAGUUGCCAUUAAUACAGGUAACGAAUGGAGCCUCGUUAGACCUCUUUGACAGCCAGAAAUCUUGCUUGUUUGUAGGUGACCGAAUACUUAUUUUCCACUAUAAUGUGGAAAUAAAUUCUUUAAAAAUCAAACAAUGUGAUUUUCUGUUUUUUUUUCCCCACAUUCGGUCUCUCAUGGUUGAGGUUUACCCAUGUUGACAAUUACAGGCCUCUCUAAUCUUUUCAAGUAUGAGAACUUGCACAAUUGGUGGUUGACUAAAUACGUAUUUGCCCCACUGUAUGUUCAAGUGAAUAAAUGGAAAUACAUUUUCCAAGGAGUUGGCAACCAUAUGUCCAUUUAAUAUCGCCAUCAACGAUAGCCAGUGAUUUAGGAUUUUUUGGUCUUAUUUCAACUUUGGUAUUAUUUACGCACUUCUAAUAUUGUACCUGCGUUGUAUUUUGUUUUUCCUUUUCAGUCUGUCCCCAAUACUCCACCUUAGAUAAUGAAGUAUGGAGCAGGGUUGACUUUUGUAUAGUGUUGAUAUAAAUAUAUAUGUGUGCGAGUGAGUGUGUGUGAUGUAAAGCCAUAUUGUUAUGUGUUUAGACAAGGGGUUAUGAUCCAAAGUGUGGCUUCAGUGAGGGACUGCUUGUUUUAUCCCCAUUAGGACUGCGUGGCCCUAACUCUCGGGCCGUAUUACAACACUGCUUCAUUCCUUUAGAAGCAGCUUUUCAGGUGCAAUCCGAUCCCUGUCAGCCUAUUUCAAUCCCCUCCAUAUACCAGUACUAAAGCCAGCAGUGUAAACUGGCGGAUUUGGAGGCUAGGCUCCGUGUCAAGUUGUACCAGCGCUUGGUUUUGGCUAGCAGCUAGCUUAAAGUGCACGCAAGUGGAAGUUGGAGACGGGUAGGAGUCUGCGUAACAAAUACCAGCAUAUUUUGAAAGCACUCUGUCAUUGCAUUUCUCAACUUUAUCAUCCUCCAUUUGUAUUGAUUUCUUUAUUGUAUGUUCAUUAAGCAUUUUAUUAUCUUAAAUUGCUUCAUUUUAAGUUUUGGUUUCCUUGCACCCUGUGCUACUCAUGUCUCUUGCUUCUUUUCCUGUUUAAAAAAAAAAAAUGUUUUAAAUUUCUUUGGCAUGCCACUAUGAGCCAAACAAUUUUGUGACCUGUGAACACCCUCUUCUAUAAAUGCUAAACUAAUGGAGUUGCUUAUAGAUGUAUUGCUAAUCAAUGUACAUUCACAAAUAAACUGUAUUUUACCAAAAGAAAAGUGCAUUUUCAUUAUUCAUUUGCUUUCACGUCACUCUUUAAUAUAUUAUUUUGCAUUGUGCAUAACUCACGCAUAAUCAUAUUCAGUUGGGAGCAGUUCAGUUGAGCAUCUAUUGUUGCCACCAUAAUGGUCGUUGAUUGCAUUGUAGGGAUACAAAUUAGACGAGAGAACAGGAAAUAACUGGUUCCUUAUUCUUGUCUUGGAUGGGAAUGCAUAAGCAACACGUGUGAAGAAUGUUGAAACACAUUGGUGACAAUGGUUGUUGGUCCUACGGAUAAACAAUGGGACAAUGACAAUAACAUGUACAGGAAAUGUUCUUGACAGGAAUAACAAAGCCAUAAGAAGGGACCUUGAGAAUAUUCCGAGAGAUAUACACGAUGCUCAUUGCCCUCCAAAGACUUGAUUAUCAUAUCACAAUGUGGUCCAUUAAAAUAACUGCAUUGCCACUUCCAGACUUAGAUUCAUAUUGGGGUCAACACAACUAUUUGCUAUAGGCCUCACUAUUAAGAAAAUGUAGGAAAAUAUUGAACGUAUGUAUUUUAUAUUUUCGUAAAUAAAUGAAUAUUGAACUUUUAGCAUGUUGGUAAAAUUCCACAUUGUCCACACUGUCGUCAGCGGUUAUCAGCCACUUUAGAACAUUUCUGAUGGUCAAGAUGGCCUUGUGACCAGUCGUCCAGUUUAUCGUUUUAAAGUGAAAGCUGAAACAGAUUUUAUUCCUCCAUGACAGAGUGGAUUUAUCAGACUUGACAGCAUCUACACACGUGCACACACAAUAUGAUGAAAUUUAGCAAACUAAGUUUCAACAAAUUCUCUCCAAAUUCGCAACUGUAUCAGCUUCCACCAGAGAUUUUCUAAAAUUGCUUAUAACCGCCGACGACAGUGGGGACAGCAAAUUUAGCAACAUGCUAAAAGUGUCAUGUAGAGUUAGGGUGUCAUGGAGCAUUAAAAUGUUCAGAUGCUGUAUAUCAAAACAAUUUAGAGUAAGCUUUCCAUAUGAGUCCAUAUUGCUACACCGUGUGCACAUAAAAUGCCAACAUUGGCCAAAAAUUUCCAUAAUGUCAUUGUCCACUCUGUUGUAAAAGCACACAUAGUUAUUAUAAACUGUUUUGUUCUGUUUGUCAAAUGUGAUUAACUCCCAUCUUAAUCACAGUUAUCUUAACCACCAGAGAUUUUCUAAAAUGGCUGAUAAUUGCAGACGAUAGUGUGGACAGCACCUUUAGCAAAAUGCUAAAAGUGUCAUGGAGCAUUAAAAUGUUCAGAUGUUGUAUAUCUAAACAAUUUAGAGUAAGCUUUCCAUAUGAGUCCGUAUUGCUUCACCUUGUGCACAUACAAUGCCAACAUUGGCCAGAAAUGUCCAUAAUGUCAUUGUCCACUCUGUUAUAAAAGCACACAUACUAUAAUUAACAGUUUCGUUCUGUUUGCCCAAUGUGAUUAAUUCCCAUCUUAAUCACAGUCAUCUCAACUAAUAGAGAUUUUCUAAAAUGGCUGAUAACCGCCAACGACAGUGUGGACAGUAAAUUUACCAAAAUGCUAAAAGUGUCAAGGAGAAUCAGAAUGUUCAGCUGCUGUAUAUCAUAUCAAUUUAAAGUAAGCUUUCCAUAUGGGUACAUAUUGCUUCACUGUGUGCACACAAAAUGCUAACAUUGGUCAAAAAUGUCCAUAAUGUCAUUGUCCACUCUGUUGUAAAAGCACACAUACUGUUAUUAUAAACUGUUUUGUUCUGUUUGUCAAAUGUGAUUAACUCCCAUCUUAAUCAUAGUCAUCUUAACCACCAGAGAUUUUCUAAAAUGGCUGAUAAUUGCGGACGAUACUGUGGACAGCAACUUUAGCAAAAUGCUAAAAGUGUCAUGGAGCAUUAAAAUGUUCAGAUGCUGUAUAUCUAAACAAUUUAGAGUAGGCUUUCCAUGUGAGUCAGUAUUGCUUCACCUUGUGCACAUACAAUGCCAACAUUGGCCAAAAAUGUCCAUAAUGUCAUUGUCCACUCUGUUAUAAAAGCACACAUACUAUAAUUAACAGUUUCGUUCUGUUUGCCCAGUGUGAUUAAUUCCCAUCUUAAUCACAGUCAUCUCAACUAAUAGAGAUGUUCUAAAAUGGCUAAUAACCGCCAACGACAGUGUGGACAGUAAAUUUACCAAAAUGCUAAAAGUGUCAAGGAGAAUCAGAAUGUUCAGCUGCUGUAUAUCAUAUCAAUUUAAAGUAAGCUUUCCAUAUGUGUCCAUAUUGCUUCACUGUGUGCACAUAAAAUGCUAACAUUGGUCAAAAAUGUCCAUAAUGUCAUUGUCCACUCCGUAGUAAAAGCACACAUACUGUUAUUAUAAACAGUUUUGUUCUGUUUGUCAAAUGUGAUUAAUUCCCAUCUUAAUCAUAGUCAUCUUAACCACCAGAGAUUUUCUAUAAUGGCUGAUAAUUGUGGACGGUAGUGUGGACAGCAAAUUUAGCAACGUGCUAAAAGUGUCAUGGAGUAUUAAAAUGUUCAGAUGCUGUAUAUCAAAACAAUUUAGAGUAAGCUUUCCAUAUGAGUCCAUAAUGCUUCACCUUGUGCACAUACAGUGCCUUGCAAAAGUAUUCGGCCCCCUUGAAUCUUGCAACCUUUCGCCACAUUUCAGGCUUCAAACAUAAAGAUAUUUAAUUUUUUUGUCAAGAAUCAACAACAAGUGGGACACAAUUGUGAAG